CUGAAAUCUCCAUUUUUAAUGUUAUUUUUACAUCUCUAGGGCCAAGCAUCCCCAGGGGCUCUGUUGAGCUAUGGCCCAAAAGCGAAAAUCCGUCUCAGAAGGGUUGCAGACCCCUAAAAGAAUCCGGAAGCAAACGGUGCUGGACAACGCCGACCCUAUAUAUGAGGAGGUACAUUCCGAUGCGGAGUAUCAAUCGGCUGAUGAUAUCAGCGUCACAAGUGAUACCCUUCAUGAAACACCAGCAACACCGAUUUCAACGACUUCAACAAGAUACCCAUCCGAAUUGAAAACCCACCUUUGCCCUUUUGACGGCUGCACAAAAGCAUUCAAUCGGCCAGCGCGAUUACAGGAACAUUUGCGCUCGCAUAAUAAUGAACGGCUUUUUCGGUGCACCCACGAUGGCUGCGAUAAGACCUUUCUGCGGACAACUCAUUUGAACCAUCACAUUAAGAGUGCCCACACCGGUGUUCGAGAUUAUGUGUGUGACCGUCCAGGGUGUGGGAAGAGCUUCGUGACUGGAUCACGACUCCGUCGGCAUAUAGCUGCCCAUGAUGGAAGAGACAAGUACCGUUGCACGGAGUAUCCUCCUUGCGAAGAGACGUUCCGGAAACACUCGACACUCCAAAAACAUGUUAUGACGGUUCAUUUAAAGCAGAAGCCCUUUCAAUGUCAACAUGUAGACCCGAGUACCGGCAAGAAAUGCUCAAUGGCCUUUGAGACGGCUGGUCAUCUCCGGGCCCACGAGAGCAGAGUCCAUACAGAAAGCCGGUUCACUUGUGCGGAAUGCUCUCAACACCAUGAAAAUCCCUCUUCUACCGCAGACGGCAACUCAGUCUCUCACGCCGUUUCAUUUCCCUCAUAUGCCCUUUUACAAGCACAUAUCCGAUCUGUCCACCCACCACAAUGCCCCAACUGUUCCCUCACAUGCUCAACAUCCCGAGAACUCCGCCGCCAUCUGGAAGUCGCCCACGGCGACGUAAGCCUCGAAGAACGAAAAGUCUUCUCCUGCUCCGUCCCCGGCUGUGACCGCAGCUUCACCAAAAAAGGCAACCUAACUGUCCACGUCCGCACCGUUCACGAGGGCGAGAAACGGUUCGCCUGCGGUGAAACAGACCUCUCCUCCUCCAAAAAGGUCCCCGGCUGGACAACAGGCCAAGGCCAAGGAUGCGGGAAACGAUACGGCAGCAAACUCGCACUAGAAGAACACAUCCGCACCUCACACCUGGGCUACCAAAACGCCAAAGCCGAACGUCGCCAACGACUCGGCCACUCCAAACCAUCUACAUCGACUAAAUCAUCCAACACCCCCUCCACCCUGGCCACGCUCACCGGCCACGGCUACGCCGAGGAAACAGGUCGACACAUCGCAUGCUUUAUCGAUUCCUGUCCGCACCGUUUCCACCGCGACUAUGAUCUCUGGGUACACAUGAGCGGGAAACACGAGUGUUCCGAAGACCAUAUCCGUGACAUGUUCAUGCAGCGCGCCCUCCUGGCAGACGGGGACCAGCCCAGUGCUGGUAUUCUCGGAAUCUACGGCCUCGAGUUUGAUAACGAUAACCCUUCCUAUGACCCCUUUGACAUGUCGCCUACUGGUGGUACCCCUCACCCGCAAAACGCAGCCGUGAAGGCAGACGCGGAUAACUACGGACUGGACGCUCUUGCUGAUGGUGAAUCGGAGUUGGGCACUGGCGCCGAUAUCACAAUGCAUGGAGAUGUUCAUUCAAAGAUACCCAAUUAUGAUGACGAUAUGGCGCUAAUUGAUCCUGUUCUGGCAUAUAAUCUGAUGGAUGAGUAAAGACAAGGGAAAAGAUAUACUUUGCAUAUUUCUUAGAAUAUUAUAUGUCUCGGGGUUUAAAUAUUAUAAUUACGUUCAUAAUGAACAAAAUGAUUUCUCAAUUGGCUGAAGAACUUUAUGACAUUUCCAGAGCUCAAUGUACGGUACUUUGUAAAUGUACACGACAUCUGACAUGAUAUAUCACAAAUC